AUGGAAUUUGUAAGCGCCAUUUCGACAGUUGGUAACACGGAAACAGUGGCCAGGGAAUUCGCCAUUGCCUUUCUGCAGGCCGUGACCUCUGACCCAGAUAACUGGAUUGUGAAGGUGUCACACCAGUUUGUGGGCCAGUGCUUCCGCGUCCUGGGACUCAACUUCAACGUGAGCGUCCAGGCCUUCAGCCAGACGCAAGAUCAUCCGUAUCGCGAUGCCAAUCCCAACUAUAUCUUCGAUCCGGUGCCACUGGUUAUGACCGAAUUGGAUAAGUUCCUGGAUCGCCUGCCCCGUUUGCUGGCCCAAGUAGGCGAACUGCUGGCCAAAGAUUCCCAGGGCACCAAGUUCGAUCAGCUCACCCAGCCGAUACCCUGCUACCUCAAUCUGAUUCUGAAGUGGAUCAAGGUGGUGCAGGCAAUGUGCAGGAACAUGCAGCUCAGCAACAGCACCUCCGUGGAUAGAUAUAUCUGCGAACCGCUGGCCAGAAUGUCUUUCAGCAUCCUUGGCGGACUGGCCAAAUUGCUGCCCAAAUAUGAAAACUUUUCGGGCUUCAAGGGAAUUUGCCUAGCGCUCGCCGUGGACGUUCGCUAUGGCAUUUUCUAUCAGGAAACCUGCGAUGUGGUGGUUCCGCCCAUGCUGGACAUUUUCCGGAAGCACUACAAAACUUUCUGUGGCCCCGAGAAAUCCGCGUUGGAUUUUGUAUAUUGCAUCCUGACGGUUGUGAUGUCCGACGAAGAUUGCUAUAUUAAAGCUUACGAGUUCUUAGAGUCCAUGAUUAGGAAGUUUGCCGAAAGCACACAACACAGUCAUCAUUUGCGUUGUUUUACCAAUGAACUGAUUACUGUGAAAUAUGUUGUUCUGCAGUUUGAAACUCUUAAGGACAGCAAUUCCAAACCCUUGCUCUUGGCCACUCUGAAGUAUUUGAUGACUCUUCAGAGAAAUUUAGCCAGUGCAGAGUGCUUCACAAAACGUUUCCACGAGGAGCUCCUUCAUCUUGUCCUGCGAAUGUCAGUUUCGUCGGCGACUGUUGCUUCUAUGGCAGCCAAGGUAUAUAUUACACUAUCCCAGCGACAGCACCAAGAACAGGAAAUAGAACAGCACAUUCUGGAGACCUACGUGAAGAUCCCCCAAAAUCGCAGAAAAAAUAUCACCUACGAACAGUUUCGAAAUGAACUGACGCGCUAUCUAAAGACGCUCAUUCAGUAUUUCCCCGCGCUACAGGAGUUCGACUUCUACGCCCGAGUUCUCACUGCUCGGAAUGUUCGUAUGGAAUUGAGUCUUAUUGCUGCGCAAUGUGCAAGCAUAAUCUUUGAAAUGCAUAUGGCAGAGUAUACCUCCCUGCCGGUGGCUCGUGACCAGGUCAACGAAUUACUGCGAGUCUGGCCUCGGAUUUUGAAGGCCUCAUCAAAACAAAAUGGUACUCGACCGCUGAUCUACGGUAUAUAUGAUUUGAUCGAUUUUGACUCAGUAGCAGAGUGUGAUGCUGAGUUGCUUUUAAACUUGGAGAGCAACUGUCUGGAUAAUUUUCUAAACGAUGACACGAUCAAUGAGUCUGAGUUCCAAAGGCUCUACGUGAAUAUAUCGCGCUCUGUGGAUGCAACAGGGAACAUUCAGAUACACACUACUACGUCGAGGGCUUUGCGAGAUGAACAAGCUGCAUUGCAGCUCCGGCUGAACAACACCGACCCCGAGAGCCCAGAAAUGCAGGAGCUCUUAAAGGAAUAUGCCUUUAGCUAUAUGCGCAUUCAUGCUGUCCUAAUGGUUAAUAAGCUUCAUGUUCGCUAUGUAGCCGACAUUUACGAAACACUCGCCAAAUUUGUGCUAGAAAUGCCUACACUGAAUGAAACUAUAACUCUUUAUGGCUCCGAAAGUUUGGCUACCAUGCUGGUUAUUUUGCACGGAGAUCUUAAAGAUUCGGACAUCGAGAUGAUCGACAAGAUAUCUUCAUUAUUAAAGCAGCUGCAAGACUUUUGCGUUUCUGAACUGAGAAAGGAAAACAUAAACUUAAAAACAGCAAAGUUUUUUGUUUGUUCUACUCUCAUAAUGCACAUCAACCAGCUGCCAGAUUUAAGCCUUGACUCUGCUGCAUAUGACAAGAUUUUGGAAGUAUUUACAUCACCACCACGUGAAUCACAGCCUGAAUUAACUUCAAAUACUUAUUUCGCCGAUAUGCACUAUAUGUUUCGUCUACUCAUAAAGACGGAUCAAUUCGACCUUCCCACCAAUCGAAUAUGGAAGCUACUAAUGAAAUACAAAAUGUCUUCAAACAAAUCUUUGGACACCGAGAUAGAAGAGCUUAUUAAUGUUUUCAUAAAGUAUCGGAUUGAGAGCUAUAUCCAUUAUAUGUCUGUAAUUCAGUUGCAUAUCUACAAAGAUUCCAACGUGAACAAGAAGGGUUCAAUUGCCUUGACUGCCCAUCUUCGACUGAUCGAUAUGAACUGCAGUGCUUUGGACUCCUGGCUGCUGCGUUAUAUAAUCUUUAAAGAAUCGCUUAGUCUCUUGAUCAGAAACAUGCGCAUUAGAAGAUCGGAGGUUACAAAUUCAAGUCAACGGAAUCGUCUUCUGCCAUUGAAGUAUAUUCUAAAUAUGGUGGUCAACUUGCGUCUGGAUGAAGCCCAAUUUUUAAGCAUUGCUAAAAUGCUGCACGUUUUGAAGGACGAGACAAUUGGGCCGCACGAGAAUUCGGAAAUCGAGAACUUUAUCACUCAGAUAAGUACAUAUAAAUAUCAGGCCGAGGAUGAGCAUUUGGAGGCUACAAAAAAUGAGUACUUCGAGGGUAGGCUAACACCUUUGCCCGCUGGUCCAUUGAAUCUUUGGCAGCUUAAAACUAUUCACAAUACUACAGAUUUAACUGAUUAAGAAAUCCACAUAAUAUAUAGACAAAACCUAUACAUACUAUAAAUAUAGUAUAUUGAAUGAAAAGGCUCAA